CCGGGAUGCUGAGCAGGAGGGCGGGGCUGUUUUCCGUUGCAGUGCCCUGCCGGGGAGUGAUGUAGCAAGACGUAGCCUACAGGACAGAGCGGGCACAGAAGGAAGCAGAGCAGACGUCAGGCUACGGUUGUUUUUGUAGUAAAAUCGUUCAAAUCUGUCUAUUUUAGAUGCAUAAUGGAUUUGCUGAAUAACCUAAUCUAACGUCAACCGUGUAGGAGCCAUCCGUGCAGCCUGACACACGGACAUCUUGUUUCUCUCAGAUUAGGAUACCGGAGUAGAGACAUAUUUUUCUUCAUUUUGGACCCGCUGCACCUUGUAUUGUAGUGGAGCUCUCUACAGCCCACCAUGGCGUGGCCCUGUAUCAGCAGGGCGUGCUGCAUGGCCCGCUUGUGGAACCAGCUGGACAAGGCUGACAUUGCGGUGCCUUUGGUCUUCACCAAGUACACGGACGUCUCUGAGAUGCAGCACAUCCAGCUGCAGCCGCAGCUCCAGCAGGCCCGGGUCGCCAUAGAAACGCAGCCGUCUCGUGCAGAAACCCGCACCAAGUCAGCGGCUCGGCCACCGAGAAGGUGCGUCUCCGAGGAGCGCGUGUGCAGCUCAGUGAUGCGCGAGGACUUUAAGCACUGGAAAGUGCGACCCGAACCGAGCUGUAAACCCAAGAACGAGUACCACGAACCGGAAACACCGUUCAACAGCGAGACCCAGUACCAGAAGGACUACAAACCCUGGCCCAUCCCAAAAAGGUACGACCACCCCUGGAUACCUAAACAGCCUCCCUCCGCCGGCGAUGAGCGGGCUCCGGACAGGUCCAAGCACGCGAAACAGCUGGCGGAUGCGGACACCGGUGUGGAGAAGAGCUCUAUUGCCGACAAGGUGCAGGAGAAAGACUCCCUGCAGGGGCAGGAGAGGAAAAAGAAGUCCAGUAAACAGGAGGGGCAGAAGAAAGUUGUCCUGAAGGUGGAAGGAGAGGGCAGAGGGAGAGCGGCGGCGGAUGCUGUGAACAGGCAGAUCAAAGAGGAGAUUACAGGCGACAGCUCAUACACAACUGAGUUCAAGGCUUACAGAAAUGUGAAGCCGACGAAGAUGAUCCGGGCCCGGUCUCAGUACCUGCCUCCAGACGAGAAGACCAGCCUAGAGACGAGCUACAGUGCCACCUACAAGGGCCAAGCCCCACUGCAACCUGCUGACAACAAGGCCCUUGAGAGGAGGAGGAUACGCAGUUUGUACAGCGAGCCUUACAUAGACCCCAUCAAACAGGUUGACAGGUAUAGUGCCCUUCGCACUAAAACCAAAAGGCCUGGAGCCGCAGUGGCAGGCCAGGGCAAGCCAGUGAAGAAAGCCAAAGAUAAGCAGAGCGCCGCGCUGAGGGGCUCCAAGAAGACGACCUCGGAGAACCAGCCCGAGAACCGGCCAGCGGUGGGCGACAAGGAGAAAAGUAAAGAGAUGAACAACAAACUGGCUGAGGCAAAAGAGGUUGUGCUAAAACAGUGCCACUACAUACAACUCUGCCAGCCAAUCCGAGAUAUUGGCUGGGUGCAGACUCUAAAGCAACACCUGUGGGGCUGUGCACUACCCGAUCCAAGAGAUGCUAAAGACGAGCUACUCCGACCCAGUCAUCAUCAUUCCCAGGGUGCUGCUGGAGGAGAACCACCACCACUGCUGGAGAGACCCGAACCUCGGAAGAGCAGCGGAGUCGUACGCUUCGACCUAGACCAGACUGAAUAGUUCAGUAGUCAGAUACACCUUAUACAGACUGAUGCUCUGUACUGUAAAUAUCUCGUAUUUGAAACUAAAUUGGAUUAGGAAAAGAGGUGAAUCCCAAAAACAUAUGCCCAUUUGAAACAUGCAUGUUUGAGACAGCUUUUGACUCUAAGAUCACACCUGCUUGACCCAUUGGCAUUAUUGCAAAGGUGCUAUAUCAUUUUCUCGUUUCAUGCUAUUUAUUUUAAAAGAAUAUGUCGAUAUCAUUAGAAGUACCACACCAUAAAGUGCUUAUACAACAACUACAAAAUAAACUGUACUGUAUAUUGAUCGGUUUUAGUGUAAAUAAAUAAUAACUUGCA